GUCAAUAGAAAUUAUGUUUUACAAAAAAAAAAUGUCGAAAACCCGACAAAAACAGUAAAAUGGCAAAACCGAAAGGGCAGAGAAACAAACCAAAAGGCCAAAUCUAAAAGAUUUCCCGCGUCGGCGUCGCUACGGCGGGAAAUGCUUACCGGACGGGAGAGCUUGCUCCAGUUGAUCGGAAAACGCCGUCGAUUUCUCCCCAAUCGCCACCAUCUUCUCUGUGCUCCUACUCCGAAUUCGUUAAAUCUCGAGGUCAACGACUGUGGCAAUCUUAUCUCAGCCGCCGGAGAUGAUGGUCGUUUUCCGGAAAUUGCAAUUCCUUCCGAUGACCCGAGCAAAUUCUCUGAUGAUUUGAGUCUAUCCGCGAAGAAGAAACGGAAAUUAACUCAGACCACUCUUCUCCAGUCACAUUUCUGGUCAGGGUCAAAACAAUCGGAAGAUGGUCUUGUAAUCCGUACACAGCAACAACCAAUACUCGAUUCCGAAACUUCCAAAUUCAAUUUGGUGCAAACAAGCGACUGCAACGUUGACGAUGACUCAUGUUCUCCAAGUAGUGAGGAGAUUUCAAAAGCUGUGACUUUAGAUGAAUCCAAUGGUGAAGCUAUACAAACCUUUAUAGUUGGUAGGAAGUUCAGUGAUGUUGAAGAUUUAGAAAUUGGGGGAAAAGUCUGUCUUUUGAGACACCCUGAGAAGAUUAAGGAUCGCAACGCUAUAAAGGUUCUUUCUGCAGACUCUGAGUUGUCUGAAAUGCUUGGGUAUCUACCUAAAGAUGUUUCCCAGUGCUUGUCCCCGCUGAUCGACAAGUAUGACCUUAAGUUUGAGGGGACAAUAACAUCUGUUCCGGAGAAUUCUUCUGAAGCUGUUCCGAUCAAAGUUGUUUGUCACAAGAUGAUAUCUGAUGGUUGGAAAGAAUGUGAAUUUGCUGGAGAGUUUAAACCUCUGUGGGAGAAAGUUAUUGAGGUUGUUGAGCAUCAGAUGCAAUUUCCGCCUAAAACGACAAGAUACCAGCUGAACUUCAACGUAUUAGUACAAGAGGUUCUAAGAAGUUGCUCUCACCUUUUCACAGCCGAGGAAAAGACAUUCUUGGAAUCUUUCCCCACUCUUUCAGAGGAUAGCCAGAGACUUUUUAUCCGUCUUUACACACGAAAAGGACCUUGGUUCAGGCUAUCAAAUAUUUCAUACCCUGAGGUGUCUGAUUCUCUUCAAGCCCUGAAGGACCUAACAGUCAGGGGAUUUAUGAGUUCAGUGAAGGACGCAAAUGAACUAGAUUACCAAAAGAUAAAGGAGAUCGUAGAGUUGCUUAACGUCACUGAACUUCGUGAGAUCUUAUCUAUGAACAAGAUGUUCAGUGGCGGCUCAAGAAAAAAAGAUCUAAUUAAUUCACUUUGUUCUUGCUACAAUGAUGGAACGAGGAAAAAUAUAGCAACAAUGAUUCUAGAAAGAACAGGACUAUGUGCUAAAAUAUCCACUACAGCAGAAUCACUCAUAUGGCGUGUUGAGAGGCUUUUCUUUCUCAAUGGAGAGCAAGAUCUAUCCUCUUUUGUUCUGCUGGAUCUCGGUAUUAUCAAAUACCCAAAUUACAAAUGCAUUGACUCAGAGCAAGUAUUUUCGGAUCGGACUACGCUUCUAGCAUAUGAAGAGGCCAUUGAAGUGGCUCAGUUGAUGGAUGAGUCUCUCGACAGUGAGGAUUCUCCGUCAGUGUCGAAAUGCACCAUGAUUGCUGAAACUUGCAUAUCCAGCUCUUCUUCGGAUUCUGCGCACCUUUCUGCGUAUAGCCAAGCAGUUUAUCUACUGAGGCGGUUGCUCAGUUGUUUCAAUUGUGACGCGAGACGAGGAUACUGGACAGUCAGGUUAUCAACGGAUUUGGAGCACAUGGGACGUCCCAAUGAGAGCCUCUCAGUAGCAGAGCAAGGACUGUUGGAUCCAUGGGUGCGUGCUGGUUCAAGAAUAGCUCUGCAAAGACGUAUUCUUCGUCUUGCGAAACCUCCAAGACGCUGGAAAGCUCCCACCUUUUCAAAUCUCAUCGAACACAAGAUCCCUGAGGUUACCAUUCAAGGGAGAUCACUGAAUUGUGAGGUUGGAAUGAAAAACAGGUUUUAUGGAGAAGACGGAGAACAAUGUGGAGUCGAGCAGCUCGCGUUGCAGUACUACAAUGGAGAAGGAGGAGGAUGGCAAGGGAUUCAUACAGAGAGUAGCAUCUGGUUAACCAUUUUCGGGCUUCUCAUGUGGGACAUUCUAUUUUCCGAUGUCCCUGGUGUUUUCCAAACCCGGUUUCAGACUGCUCCAUUGGACUUAGAGACUGAGUCCUUCUAUCUAACAAGGAAGGAAACAAUAGAGUUACAGCUCGAGAAAGUUGCAAACGGAAUGGCUGAAGAAUUACUUAUCAUAUCAUAUGAAACACACCGUGGAACAGCGUGCAGAGGAGUGGCUUGGGAGAGGUUUUCGUUGGAGGAACUGAGAGCAGCAGUGGCUUGUGUUGGAGGUAAGUGUGUAGCAUCGCUUUGUCGGUAUUUAGCUCAGGACUAUAGGAGCUGGUGCAGUGGAAUGCCUGAUCUGUUGCUAUGGCGGUUCAAGGAGAAUGGUUAUGAAGGUGAAGCUAAGCUUGUGGAAGUGAAAUCGGAGAAAGAUAGAUUAUCGGAACAGCAACGAGCUUGGCUUCUGCUUCUAAUGGAUUCAGGCUUUAAUGUUGAGAUUUGCAAAGUAAGACCUGCUUGUUUAACUAAAGCUUAAUUAUAGAGAUUUAGCAUGAACGCAGAGAAAACAUGAUUUGUAUUGUUUCCUUAAGAGAGUUUUAAAUACAAAGGGACCACGAUGAAUUGUGAUCUUGGUGGUGUCGGAAAGUUACCAUCUUUUUUCAAUAAAGAUUGGUUUCUUUAUCUCAGUAAAGAUUCGUUAUUGUUGCUAUUUGUUGGAGUGAGCAAUAGAGACGUGUAGAUUAUCUAAGAAUAGUUAGUUGAUGAUGUUUGAUUGUGCCAUAUAUAAAAAAAGACUCAUUGUGUUGUUCUUCAAUCAACUUUUUACAGAGAUUUGUAUACUUGGACAAAGUGUCGU